AUGAGGCGUACGCCCAACUCGUUAAAUCUCGACGACGCACUGUCCAUCCUCGGCCUCGAGAAAGGCACAUCGCUCGAAGCUGAAGUCGUCAAAACGGCGUAUAAACAGAUGUCCCUCCGCACACACCCAGACAAAAACCCCGACAACCCAGACGCAACAGCCGCAUUCCAGCGCGUAGGCGAGGCGUACCGCGUUCUCGUCGAGCAUGUCGAGCGGUCCUCCUCUGCUUCCUCCUUUUCCCAGUUCUCCCAGUUCUCUUCGUCCCAGUUCUCUUCGUCCCAGUUCUCUUCCUCUUCCUUUUCGCAGUUCACCUCUUCAUUUCCACACCCAUUUUUCAGCGGGUUCGGGUCCGGGUUCGGGUUCGCGCCCUUCGCUGGAGGACCCGGACACGCGCAUGGGGGACAUGGACGAGAGCAUAAAUGCGAACACUGCUCCGAAAUGUCAGCUGACGAGGCGUUUGCAUAUGAGUUUUAUGGCUACAGCUACGGUGAUGAUGAUGAUGAGGAUUUUUAUGGGUUUUAUGGUGACGAGUUUGAAUAUGACGAGGAUGAAGAGGAUUAUGAGGAUGAUGAUGAGGAGGAUGAGGGGGAGGGGGAGGAUUAUGAGGAGGGGGAAAGGGAGGGGCGUGGAAGUGGAAAUGGAAGUGGGGGAUAUGCAAAGGGAAAUGCAAAUGGAAGUGCAAAGGGAAAUGGAAAUGGAAAUGCAAAGGGAAAUGCAAAGGGAAAGGGAAAGGGGAAGGGAAAAGAGAGGUACUUUGAAGAGGACGAGGACGAGGACGACGAGGAUUUGGCGUUUUAUAUGCACAUAUUUGAACGGAUUAUGGCUGGGAAGAUGUACCAUUCCGGAUGGCGCUCCGGCGGCAGCGGGGGCGGUGGUGGUGGUGGUGGUGGUGGUGGGAUGCCACCGAGGGGGAGGGGAAACCCGAAGGGAAAUCCACAUCGUAAUCACACCAAACCCCCCACCCAAAACCCCAACCCCAACCAAAAUCAAACAAAAGCCCAAAAACAAUCCAAAGCCGAACAACAAUCCUACGAAGCACACCUUAAACGCACACGCGCAGAACAGGAAGCAGCUGAAGAGAGGAGACGGUGGGAGGAUCAGGUGCGGAGGGAGAGGAGGGUGCGGGGGAGGGAGGAAGCACACCUCGCCUCCCAAACCCGCCAAAAAGCCAAAUCCAAAUCCGAAUCCAAAAAAACGCAACGGGCACACGCGGACGCGGAGCGGCGCGCGGUGGAGGAGGAGAGGGCGAGGGUGGAGAGGGAGAGGAAGCAGGGUGUGAGGAGUUGGGUUUUUGAGUGUGCGAGGAUGUGUGGGGGGGCGGAGGCGGGUGGGGGAGGGGGUGGUGGGGAUGCGAAGGGGAAUGUGAUGGGAAAAGAUAGUGGGAAGGGGAAUGCAGGUGCGGGAGGAGGAGGGAAGAAGAAGGACGCAAAAGGAAAUGGAAAAAGCAAAAGCAAGGGCGGGAACGUACCCACUAGUGGAAGGGAUGCGGCGGUUGAAGAGGUGAAACGCGGGGUGUGGGAGGAUGGUGUGGAUGUGUGUGGGGGCGAGUUUUUGGACCGUCGUGUGCGUGCUAACGCGCGAGUGAAUGUGGAUGGGGAUGCGAGUGCGAGUGCGGGUGGGGAUGCGAAUGGGGAUGGAGAGAAGAAGGAGAAUGCCAAUGGAGCGAAGGAGAAGGAGGAUGUGGAUGAGAAAGAGACGCUUCUCCAUAUCGCUGCGAAACGUGGCGAUUUGGAGUUGGUUAGGUGGUUAGAUGCGCAUAGUGCAGACCCCGAAGAACGCGACACGUGCGGACACACGCCGUUCCAUGCCGCGCUGCGGUGUGGGCGCGUGGAUGUAGCGCUGUAUUUUGUGGAGGAGGCGUAUCCUGUCGGUGAGCGGGAUUCGAGGGGGGUUUAUGUGCUUGGUUCUGCGGUGGAUGAGGAGGAGGAGGAGGAGGAGGAGGAGGAGGAGGAAGAGGAUAAAGAAGAAGAGGGAGAGCAGGAGAGGGAGGGGGAUGGGAAUGGGGAGGGGGAUGGGAAUGGGAAUGGAAGGGAGGAGCAAAGCAAGGAUACGUUGUUAACUCUUGCGAUUGGAUCAGGCGAGCCGGAGCUCGUGUGGCUCGUUCUGGAGAAGAUGGGGCCGUUCAGGCCUGAGAGGGAGGAGGUGAGGCGGAUGUAUGUGGAUUUGUGUGUGCGUGCUGGGGGUGAGAAUGGGUAUGAGAGUAAGGACAAGGAUAAGGAUAUGAAGGAGGGGGAGAAGGAGAAGUGGGGUGAUAUUGUGAAGCUUUUGGAGAAGUAUUCGGGUGGUGCUGGAGAGGACGAGGAACAGGAACAGGAAGAGCAGGAGGAGGAGGAGAGUGUGCCAAUACCGAUGCCUGGUUCAGUGCCGUUGUUUGCCCAAGGAAAGGGAAAGGCGAAUAAGCACCACCAACAACAACAGCAUCAUCAACAACAGCAGCAGCAGCAAAAGCAUGAGAAGAGGCCGGCGAAAGUGGAUACGCAGGCGCAGGCGCGGCAGAACCAAAACCAAAACCAGAACCAGAACAAAUAUAAAGGCAAGAAUCAGAAGAGUGCGGUGCCUUUGUCGCCUACGGGUACGUCUUCGACGACGACGGCGGCGGCGGCGUUGGCGUCGGGUGGGCAGAGGGGGUAUCGGCAGCAGCAGCAGCAGCAGCAGAACCAGAAUCGAGGUUCGAAUCAGAGGCAAAGCAGGGAUUACCAGAAUCAGAAUCAGAAUAAUUCUCAGAAUCAGAACCAGAGAGAAGGACAGACGCAAAGGCAGAGGGGGUACCAGCAUAACCAGACACAAAACCAGACACAGUACGCUGCGCAGGAGCGAGUGCAGGAGCCGGUACAUGGACAUGGACAAGCACAGGGACAAGCACGGGGGAAGGGGUAUUAUAGAGGUAGAGGGAGGGGCGGGGGAAGGGGGAGAGGGCGAGGUGGUGCGCAGCCGGGUCCGGGUCAUAUUCAUACUCAUGGUGCGCAGGGACGCGAUGUUUAUUAA